AUGAUGUUGAAAAACAGCGAGCGUAGAACACUUGGUGCCACAAAAUCCAUCUGCGAACACCCAAACUCUAAAGUUUUUGGAGAGGAUACCAUUUAUUCACUCAGAAAUGUUACACUGUUGGAAGGAAUCAAAAGCCGUGGCAAUGAUUGUCCGUUAAACUUGGAAGUAAGUCCUUUAUUUGACCUCGAGGAAUUAACUCCUGAAGGCAUAAAAAACAGAUCUGAGUUGUUGCUUAAUGAGUUGAAAAACAAAAUGAAAUUAUUUGAUGCUUUCUGGAUUAGCAGGGACCUUACCAAAAGAUACUUACAGCAAUUGCCUUCUCAGCAACUUUUACAAGAAAUUCAAGACUUUAUUGCUGCCCGGCCGAACCAUAAAAGCGAAAGAAAAAG